UUGCGUUGUUCCAGUGGGGGCGGAGCGGCGAAUCGGAGUAGAAAGUGAUUGGCUCGCUCUACUGUCAAACAGACAAUUCCACCAAUGAGCCCAAUGAGCUGUUAAAAGGGGCGGAUUCACAGGUACGCCUUCCCCCGAAGGUUGCACCGCCUAGUCUCUGUGUGUGCGUAUUUUUUUCUUUCUAUUUUUUUGUAACCAAAGCUUGGAUGUGUAGGACGUCACAUGUUGUUUUUCCUCUUCACUCCAGUCACUUAGCGAUAUGUGUUAUUUACUGUUAAACCGCUCCUCGCAGCGAACGCGCACUCCGAGCCGGGUACAUAAGAGAGUCUGACAGGAUUAUAACUGACUGACAGCACAAGUUAAGGAAAAGUGAGAGUUUUUCUUCACUGCAUAUGAGAAUGGCGAGUCCGCCGCCGACGGGAGGACAGCUGAUUUCAAAUAUGACCGUGAAGAACAGCAACCACGUUAAGAAAUGCGGCUAUCUGAGGAAACAGAAGCACGGACACAAGCGCUUUUUCGUGCUGAGGGAGCCGAGCGAGGGCUGUCGCGCCCGGCUGGAGUAUUACGAGAGCGAGAAGAAAUGGAAAAACAAGUCGGCUGCUAAACGGGUUAUACCUUUGGACUCGUGCCUGAACAUCAACAAGAGAGCCGAUGCCAAACACAAACACCUGAUCGCCCUUUACACCAAGGACGAGUAUUUUGCCGUGGCUGCCGAAAACGAGCAGGAACAGGAGGACUGGUACACGGUCUUAACGGAUUUAAUGAACGAGGGGAAAGUGAGCGACGGCUCCGCGUCCAACUCGGCGUCAUCCCUCGUCGGCUUUGAUGAGGCGAACUACGGCGUGAUAACGCCCGUCAGCGCCGCUUACAAGGAGGUUUGGCAGGUCAAUCUGAAAUCUAAAGGACUCGGACAGAGCAGGAACUUGACGGGCGUUUACAGGCUGUGUUUAUCCAGCCGGACGAUCAGCUUCGUCAAACUCAACACGGAGGUGGCGUCGGUGAUUUUACAGCUGAUGAACAUCCGCCGAUGCGGACACUCGGACAGCUUCUUCUUUAUCGAGGUGGGCCGGUCCGCCUCCAUCGGACCCGGCGAGUUGUGGAUGCAGGCGGACGACUCGGUGGUGGCGCAAAACAUUCACGAGACUAUUUUGGAGGCGAUGAAAGCCAUGAAAGAGAUGUCAGAGUUCCGGCCGCGCAGCAAAAGCCAGUCCUCAGGUACCAACCCCAUCUCUGUGCCCACCAGGCGGCACUUUAACAACCUUCCGCCGAGUCAGACCGGGCUGCAGCGGCGCUCUCGCACCGACAGCAUGGCAGCGACGUCUCCCGUGACGAAACUGACGUCCUGUAGGAUCCGCACGGCGAGCGAGGGUGACGGCACUGCAGGCAGCCCCAUCAGCCCAGGCGUGAACAGGACACAUUUGAGCCGCUCCAACACCGUGACAGCUCGCCCAUGCAGAACAUUUGAGGCGUCAUCCCUGCAGCAUAGUAAAUCCAUGUGCAUGCCUGUGUCUCACUCCCCUCCUUCAGCUGCCAGCCCUGUCAGCAACAUAGAAAGCGGCCCUCGCCCCUCCAGCUGCACUGCUUCCAUUUCGGGCUCCCCCAGCGACGCUGGCUUCAUCUCCUGCGAUGAGUGCGGCUCCAGCCCGGGUGACAUACGGCACCUUUUAGCAGCAAACCGAAGCAACACACCUGAGUUGCUCGCUGACACACCCCCCUCACAGGAAGGCAGCGACCUGUACGGAUACAUGAUCAUGGAGAGGCCGAACAGCUGUGGACGGCGAAGCAUCCGGGCAGCAGCUGAGGAGAGCAAAGGAGAUCUGGAGAAUGCCUACAGGAAGAGGACGCACUCCCUCACCAUGCCUUACCAGAAGAGGGUGCCAUCACAAGUGUCCUCAGCUUCACUAGACGAGUACACGCUCAUGAGAGCCACUUACACAACUGGAGGCCAUUCGGGGCGCAGCUCUCACACCGCAUCCCCAAAGGUCACAUACCCCGAGGACUAUGGGGACAUCGAAAUCGGAUCAUUACUGAAAAGUUCCAGCAGUAAUCUGGGCGACGAUGGCUACAUGCCAAUGACACCUGGUGUGGCUCUGCAAGGGGGGAAGGCUGACAACUACAUGCCUAUGAGCCCAAUGUGUGUUUCUGCUCCGAAGCAGAUAAUCAACCCCAGGACGCACCCCCUCACUAUAGCUAAUGGUUACAGAACCAAUUCCCCAAGCAGCUGUUCUUUGGAUGACAGUGGCUACAUGAGGAUGCUGUGCAGCUCUAAGUUCUCCAUAGACAGCUCAGAUGGGAAACUGACGAACGGUGAGUACCUCAACAUGUCGCCUGUAGAUUCGGUCACGCCACCAGACUACUACCUGAGCCCUGUGGGUAUGGAGCAGUCUCCCUGUCUCAGACAGCUUCACUCGUUUAACUCUUUGCCCCGCAGUCAUAAGCCCCAGCAGACGUUAAAGGAUGCGGACAAUGAUCAGUAUGUUGUCAUGAAUCCUCAAAGUCACAGGAUAAUUGAGGAGUCAGUAAACACAGCAUCCCCCACUGCCCCAUCUCCUCUAAGACAAAGCCGCACAGACAGCCUCAUCCUCCGGCACAGGAUCAGCCGGCCCACCCGCCUCUCCCUAGACACGUUCCGGACAUUACCUAGUAUGAAUGAGCAUCCCCUCCCCUCUGAGCCAAAAAGCCCUGGUGAGUACAUAAACAUAGACUUUGGACGUGUUGCCGAAAGUUGCACUCCGCCCUCCACUGCUUCCUCCGAGAGCCCAGCCUCAUCCCUCGGAUCGUCCGCCGAUAACAGGACAUCCCCCCUCUCUGAUUACAUGAACAUUGAUGUGAGUUCGCAGUCACCCAAAUCUGGAAACCCUGCUCCACUGGAUCGUUUGGAGCCCCUUCCAGAGCUCACAUCCUGCCCCGCCCAUGCUGAGGAAGAGGAGGAAGGUGAGAGGUACCACCUUACUGCACAGGUGGCACCAGUGGGCCCAGCUGACAAAGUUAAAGACGAUUACACAGAGAUGACGUUCGGCGUGCCCGCUUCUCCUCCGCAGCCUGUCUCGCAGCCUUCAGAAGGUGGGCAGACCAUCAGCCCGUCCUCCUGCAUGCAGAGGCUGAACAUGGAGGAGACUGUGGGAGUGCCUGCCGUCGAGGCUUUUCUGCUGCGUGGCACCACUCUGGCCUUGGUUGACCCUGACCGGGGUGCCAAGGUGAUCCGUGCUGACCCCCAGGGACGCAGGCGGCACAGUUCAGAGACAUUCUCCUCAACCACCACCGUAACACCAGUUUUUCCCUCAUUCGCACACGACGCCAGGCGGCAUGGUUCGGCCUCUGUGGAAAAUGUGUCUGUUUCUGUGAGGAACAGCGACGGAUCGGAUGAAGAGUACAACAGUCCCAUGUGCCGGGAGACGUCGGCUGGCUUUCAGAAUGGACUUAACUACAUUGCCUUAAACUUGAUGGAUGGAGGACUCGCCAGCUGUGAUUCUCUUGUCCGGUUCAAAGCUGCCAGCUGCUGUAAAGAGGGCAUCAAUGGAAUACACACCAGUCCGUAUGCCAGCCUUGGGUUCAAGGAGACGGCAACAACAGUAAAAGACUAAACAGAGCCAGUCUCCUCAUUAAGGCUCCUUCACCUCGAGAGGAGGCGCUCGUGUGGACAGAUGGACCACGUUGCUGCUGCUGCUACUUCAGCGCUCCGCUGAUCUUUGACCUCCCGAAUCUAUUCGAACGGCCGUCGUCACGGCAACACGGACACUUGACCCCAGCACGAGGCAUGACGGCGACUCGCAGACACAGAGGCGGGACUUCCUGUCCAUCUGUUACUCCCUACAAUUUCUGUGUUACGGACCUUUUUCACUGGUUUUGUUACGAGCUCUGGACUUCGAGUGGCCAGUGUCCCUCAACCCCGCCCCGCCCAAAACCUGUGAACCAAACACGAAGAGAAACAUCCGACCCGCACACGCACGCACACACCUGUCGCACAAGUCGCUUAUUUAUUUACCCACGUGACGGUGCGUGCGUGCGGCGGUUGCAACACUGCACAGAGGUGGCAUUUCAGAAAUUUACAACACAAUUGGAAAAAGCAGUCACUUGAAAACCCUACCUCAGAAUGAGCCAGGUUAUGACUUACAAAAAAAAAAAAAGAUAUAUAUUGAGAAAUUAAUUUAUUUUUACAAGUGAAUGUUUUCAUAAGAAAAAGACAAAAAAACACCAAUCCAAAGCCUUACUGACUGUACUGUCAAACAGUGUUUCCUGGAGGACCUGCGUACGCUCACGAGAGUAUCAAAGAUAACUGUUUGCCAUGGUAACUGAAUGUCUUGUAUGGCAGCGGAGAAGGUCUCGCGCUGCACUCAAAGAUCUAUUAAUGUUAUUUUGCAUUCUACGCAGAUAUUUAAAGGAUUUUAAUAUAACGCUAUUUAUCUGAGCUGGUAAAGGACCGGACGGGUGGCCGCUUGCCCGCCAUCCCGCACAUAUGCAAAGCAGGCUUCCGGACCGUCGGAGGAGCUAUCAGUUUUGGAACGAAGCCACACGCGAUUAACACACACACAACCCUUACGGUACGCUAGAUGAAUGAUGUCGUGCGACCGAGCCUAGGCACGCUAGCACACUGUCUUUACACCUUAACGACCCAGAAGCCUCUGCUGACUCGCCCUCUCUCACUGCUCUGAACACACAGGCUUCUCUUUGCCUUACACCCGCACCCGUCGGCUCAAAGGAGAGUGAUAGAUUCAGGGACGUCUCAGAAGGCCUGACACCAUUAAUGCUGCUCCCUACCGUCAGACAGGGAUAGACUCGUCAGAACCAAUGCUUUGUCUUGCACUUACAAACUCCUUAGAUUGUAACACAAGACACUUUUGAAUGUAGAGUAUUCUGGAGUAUUCUAUACCCACGGCCUAAACACCCACAAACUGACUGAUACCAAGACGUUCAGAUCGACACACACAACUUAAGUAUAUGAAAACGUUUGCCUAGAAAGCUGUACAUAAUGUAUAAAGAGAUUGCAAAUGACGUUUUUAAGUUAAAGAUGAUAACUUAUGUCUUUUUGUAUAUAUAUAUAUAUAUAUAUAUAUAUAUAUAUAUAUAUAUACAUAUGUAUAUGGUAUGUGUUUGAAUGAAUUUCCCCCAAACAACUAAAGCACUAAUGAAGGUACUUGCCAAAGGCUGAACUUUGGCUUUUUUUUUCUAAUUCUCUUCAGUACGUUUGUAAAAGUAUGUACACUGUACGAUAAAUGCCACUUCGAGGAUAUUUGAUAAUGCUAUGAUAUAAAAUAAAAAACUAAAAUUCAUUGAAUAAUACUUGAUAUUACAAAAAUAGGUACAAAUUCACAAACGGCAUAUGCAAUAUUUACAUUUUUUAAAAGAUUAGUUUACAGAAAGGAACCAAAUGUAUAAAUACUGUGUUAAUAUAUUUAAAACCUUUUUGCUGUACACUUUUUGUUUCUGCCAACUUUAAAUGGAAAAGUGUUUGUUUUUUCUUCUUGUUCUUUUUGCUGUUGAAUCCUGACAGUAAUUUCAGCAGUGUUCUUAUGCGAAUGCUGUUUCUCAGUAUGGAAAGCUUGAAUAUUUCAAUGCCUGAGCGAGUUUUUUUUUCUCCUGUGUCUUCCAUUGUAUAUACUUCAUAUUCUUUGCAUUGUGAUGCUACUUAAAAAUGAUAAUUUAAACUUAGUGUAAUUAGCAUUGCUUUAGAAACUGUAUUGAUUCUGAAUAGCCACAUGCAAUAAAAAAGUAACAUUAUUUAAGAA